AAUCCACAAAGAAUCCUUCAGUGGAGAAUCAUUCCACAUCAAAAUCACUUCCCCUCCUCACUCUCCAACUCAUCAUACUCCUUUCCUUCCCCGUAGUAAAACUCGGGUCGUCGUGCCACCCGACCGACAAACGAGCCCUCCUCGAGUUCAAGAAAACGAUAACCGACGACCCGUCACACCUUCUCCAUACGUGGGCCCCACACACCGACUGCUGCACCCAAUGGGAAGGAGUUUCGUGCGACCCCAUAACGGGUCGGGCCAUUAACCUCACCCGCCCGGGCCUCUUCUCGGACGAUGACUCGCCCGUCGACACUUCCAUGUCCGGAAAACUCUCCCCCUUCCUCGGCAACCUCACUUUCCUCCGACUCCUCGACCUCAGCAACCUCAAAUACCUAAGUGGGCCCAUCCCAACCGAACUCGGCCGCCUGGCCCACCUGACCCAAAUGUUCCCAACACCAACAGCCUCACGGGCCCGAUUCCCGCCACUUUUCGAAACCUGGCCCGUUUGA